AUGGUAUUUUCCAUCUUAAGACAAGAAGCAGCCCCACCUCCACCUCCACCAAUCGUCAUCAACAAGUAUUCAGAUGAGCAGCUCAGAGCUUUAGCCAAGCGGAUGAGAGAGAGGGUGCAGCAGUACAAGGAGAAAGUGGUUGAUCAGUAUGCUUCAUCCCCAGAGAUCAGCCCUCCUGUCAAGUGUAAAAAUGAAAAAAAGGUGGAGAAGGACAUGAAGUCAAAGUUAAUGGAAGCUGCCUGGUUUUCGGUGGACGUAGUGCUGAAGCCGAUUGAGAACCUGAUGGACUCUGUCCUAGGGAAGACCAUUGACCCUUUUACAGACCGCCACUACAUCGCCUGGCUGAGCUUUGUGACUCUGGCCUUCAACUACAACACCUGGUUCAUCACGGCCCGCCUGUGUUUCCCUUACCACACUGAGAGCGCCAUCCCUUACUGGUUCGCCCUGGACACCCUGGCCGACUUCAUCUACCUCACAGACUCCAUCAUCUUCCAGCCCCGCAAACAGUUUGUCAAAGGAGGAGACAUCAUAAAAGACAGAGUGAUGACAAAGAAGUACUACAGAGAUACAGAGAGAUUUAAGAUGGACCUGUUGUCCCUCAUGCCAUUCGACUUGCUGUACUUCCAGUUUGGAUUCAAAUCCAUCUUCAGAGCCAACCGUCUUCUGAAGGCAGACACGUUUUUUGAGUUCAGCGAUCGUCUCGAGAAUAUCAUGGCCAAGGCUUACAUCUGGAGAGUGAUUCGGACUAUCGGCUAUCUUCUCUUCAUGCUCCACCUCAAUGCCUGCUUCUACUAUGUGGCCUCAGAAUACCAGGGCAUCGGGACAACUAAAUGGGUCUACUCUGGUCUUGGCAGCGCGUACCUGCGUUGUUACUACCAUGCAGUCCGCAGUCUGAUCAACAUCGGGGGUCUUAACGAACCCCAUACCGUCUUUGAGAUUACCUUUCAGAUGACAAACUUUUUCACGGGCGUCUUUGUGUUCUCCAGUUUGAUUGGACAGAUGAGAGACGUCAUCGGGGCAGCCACAGCAGGACAGACCUACUACCGAUCCUCCAUGGACAACACGGUUAACUAUAUGGUGGCCAACCACAUCCCUGCUUUGGUGCAGAACCGAGUCCGCACCUGGUACACCUACACCUGGGAUGCCCAGGGCAUGCUGGAUGAGUCCGAGCUGCUGGAUAAGAUGCCUCUGGUGAUGAGAACCGCCAUCGCCGUUGACAUCAACCUGGCAACCUUUCAGAAGAUUGACCUUUUCAAGGGCUGUGACCAGCAGAUGUUGGUGGACAUGUUACUGGGGCUGAAGUCUAUUAUCUAUCUACCUGGAGACUUUGUCGUAAAAAAAGGCGACAUCGGUAAAGAGAUGUACAUCAUCAAAAGUGGAGCGGUGCAGGUGGUGGGAGGACCUGACAACAGCAUUGUGUUUGUCACCCUGAAGGCCGGCUGUGUGUUUGGAGAAAUUAGUCUGUUGCAAUCAUCCAAAGAUGGGGGGAACAGGCGGACUGCUAAUGUCAAAGCCUACGGCUUUGCUAACCUCUUUGUCCUGGAGAAGAAAGACCUGUUUGACAUCCUGGUCCACUAUCCAGAGUCUCAGAAAGUGUUGGCCAGGAAGGGCAGGAAACUAAUGAAAGCGAAGGGUCCGACUGCAGCUAAAGCAGACGAGGAGAAGAAGAAAGGGCUGGCGCUAUUCGGCCCCAAACCGCCCACACCCAAACUGCUGCGUGCUUUUGGAGGAACCAUUAACAAACGGAUCACUGACAGAAUAAAGGCUGCUACUGCUGACCACUAAGGAUUGUAGUAAGCUUAUGUUUUUUUAUAACUCCUUUUUGGGAGCGAAUGUACAAUUUUAUUCUCAACCUCUUAUUAAUCUUUUGUCCUGAGUGUGCAUAUCCUUUCACUUCAAGAUGGUGUUUAAAAGGGAUCCUUCUGUCAAGCGUUUGGCAAAUUAGAUGUAACCACAUGAAACCAUCAAAGAUGUAUUUAAACAACUUAUUUUGUUGAGAUGUGAAAUAUUUGAAUCUGUCUGUGAGCUGCUGCCCCUAAUGGAUACUGCAUGUUGUAUAUACACUGAACAAAGAUAUAAACAGCAACACUUUUGUUUUUGUCCCCAUUCA